UCCACACAAGUGCAGCCCAGUCCACAGGCAAGCCGGGGAAACAAAAGAUGGGAUCCACACCACGGCGCGCCAGCCUCCAGCUUUAGCUCCUCCCUGCGUGUAGCGAGUGACAGCUGGGAUCGCUGCGCUCGCCGAAGGAAGCUUCACCUCCAGAUAGGAUGACUAGCAGCUUUUGUGGGCGAACUGCGCUCGGUUUCUGCAAAAGCUCUGGGACGCUCAUUCCUCACUGCUUUUUAAAUACCGAUCGGUCCCGUUAGUUUUUUAUUUUUAUUUUUCAUUAUUAUUUUUUUUCUUGGUAGGAUUUAAACAUCGUCGCUUGGAUUUUCCAGUGGAUUUUCGCAUUCGAAGAACAAAGUGUGCGCGUUGAUUUUAGAAAAAAAUAAAAUAAAUAAAUCUCGAUUAUUAUUUUCUAAAAGUACCCCCUUCACGUUGCUGCCAUACGUUGAAAUACCGAAAGCGAACUAUUGUGCGACAAAAUCUUUAAUGGAUUACCACCAGGAGCAGCGGCAGUCCGGUCCCCCGCUCCGCUGACCAUUCGUGAGCUGAAGAAAAGAAGAAAAUAAUGCUGCGUUUCUCCUGGAAGAGUCCUGCUUCAAACUGUUCCAAGCUGUAAGGGCCGACAGAUACAGCGCCCCCUGAGGAAGACCCGUGUGCCACCAUGAAGACCGGCACCUUCCUGCUCUACUUCAGCCUGCUGCAUGCCGUCGGUGCCGGUUUCCCAGAGGACUCUGAGCCCAUCACUGUAUCCCAUGGCAACUACACCAAGCAGUACCCAGCUUUCAUUGGCCACAAGCCCGGCAGAAACAGCACGCAGCGGCACAAACUGGACAUCCAGCUGAUCGUGGUAAUGAACCGGACCCUCUACAUCGCCGCCAGGGAUCACAUAUACGCUGUGGACAUGGACACCAUGAACUCGGAUGAGAUCUUCUUCAGUAAGAAGCUGACGUGGAAAUCCCGACAGCCGGACGUGGACACCUGUAGAAUGAAGGGCAAGCAUAAGGAUGAAUGCCACAACUUCAUCAAGGUCCUGCUCCAGCAAAACAAUGACACCUUGUUUGUGUGUGGGACCAACGCUUUCAAUCCUGCCUGCCGAACGUACAAGAUGGACACUCUGGAAGCCCUCGGAGAGGAGAUCAGCGGGAUGGCACGGUGCCCUUACGAUGCUAAGCAUGCCAACGUGGCGCUCUUUGCCGAAGGAAAGCUCUACUCGGCCACGGUAACGGACUUCCUGGCGAUCGAUGCAGUCAUUUACCGCAGUCUUGGUGACAGUCCGACUCUGCGAACGGUCAAACAUGAUUCCAAGUGGCUUAAAGAGCCCUACUUCGUGCAGGCCGUCAACUACGGGGACUUUAUCUACUUUUUCUUUCGAGAAAUCGCAAUGGAGUACAACACCAUGGGGAAGGUGGUCUUCCCACGGGUGGCCAGGGUGUGUAAGAACGACAGGGGCGGUUCCCAGAGGGUGCUGGAGAAGCAGUGGACCUCCUUUCUGAAGAGCCGUCUGAACUGCUCCAUCCCAGGAGACUCCCACUUCUACUUCAACAUCCUGCAGGCCGUCACCGACGUCAUCCACAUAAGCGGCCGUGACAUUGUCAUGGCAACCUUCUCCACACCCUACAACAGCAUCCCAGGCUCGGCAGUCUGUGCCUACGACAUGGCCGAGGUGGCCCUCACCUUCACGGGGCGAUUCAAGGAGCAGAAGUCCCCCGACUCGACUUGGACACCAGUCCCGGAGGAGAAAGUGCCGCGGCCAAGGCCCGGCUGCUGUGCCGGCACACCAUCCACCGACAGGUACAAGGUGUCCAACGAGUUCCCCGAUGACACCUUGAACUUCAUCAAGAUGCACCCGCUGAUGGAUGAGGCAGCCCCUUCCAUCGCCAACCGGCCGUGGUUCCUCAAGACAAUGGUCCGGUAUCGCCUGACGCGCAUCACCGUGGACCACACUGCAGGCCCCUACCGGAAUUACACUGUUGUGUUCCUGGGCUCUGAGAAAGGCAUCAUCCUGAAAUUCUUAGCCAAGAUGAGCGCCAGCGUCCUGAAUGACAGUGUCUUCCUGGAGGAGCUCAGCGUCUUCAACCCCGAAAAGUGCAGCGUCGACGGCGUGGAGGACAAGCGCAUCGUGGGCAUGCAGGUGGACAGCGGGAGCCACUCCCUCUACGUGGCCUUCACCUCCUGCGUUGUCAAGGUCCCGCUGUCCCGGUGCGAGAGGCACGGGAAGUGCAAGAAGUCAUGCAUCGCCUCCCGGGACCCGUACUGUGGAUGGAUGUCCGACGGAACCUGCAGAGAAGUGGCGCCAGACACAAAAUUACCAUUUGAGCAGGACGUGGAGGCUGGCAACACAGAUGGACUGGGGGACUGCCAAAACACUUUUGUGGCCCUGAAUGGCGCCCCCACAGCGACCCAGCUCCCGGCGCGAGGAGCCCUCGGCGGCCCCCACGUGGCCGAGCCGGACGACCGCCCCGCGCCCACAGAUCAGAGAGACCCCUACGUGUCGGCGGAGGACCAGCAGAGCGCUAACGGCGUGAUCCGGGAGAGCUACCAGAAAGGCCGCGACCAGCUGGUCCCUGUCACCUUGCUGGCCGUCGCCGUCAUCCUGGCGUUCGCUAUGGGCGCGCUCUUCUCCGGCAUCGUGGUGUAUUGCGUGUGCGACCACCGCCGGCGUGACCUGGAGCUCCCUGGCCGCAAGGACAAGGACGCUACACACUCCCGGAGAGGCUCCAUGAACAGCGUCACCAAGCUGACGGGACUGUUCGAGACCCAGGCCAAGGACGGGAGGCCUGAAGCCGUCCUCACGCCCCUCAUGCACAGCGGCCGCCUGGCAGGCCCCAGCGCCAAGGUGCUGAUCAAGGCAGACCAGCAGCACCUGGACCUGGCCGCCCUGCCCACGCCCGAGUCCACCCCAAUGCAGCCCCGACGUAAGCCCAGCCGCGGCAGCCGGGACUGGGAGAGGAACCAGAACCUGAUCAACGCCUGCACCAUGGACCUGGGCCCCAUGGGCUCGCCGGUUAUCUCCACGGACAUCACCCUGCGGGCUUCACCGGGCCACAUCCCCAGUGUGGUGGUGCUCCCCCUGCCCCAGCACCAGCAGGCCUACCAGCACGAGUACGUGGAGCAGCCCCAACGGGUCGAUCUAGGUCCCUUGGGCCCGGAUGACCAGGCGGCCACGCUGGAGUACAAGUCCCUGAAAAGCCCGUGCCACAACCUGGGCCUGGCCGAGAGCGACGGCCUGCCGCCCCGCGUGCCCCAGAGGGAGGCCUCCCUCGCCAUGCCGCCCCCCGUGCCACAGAUGGGCAAGCGGCUGGAGGUGCACUCGUCCGUCUAUGGGCACGAGUACAAGCGGGGCUACGCUCACGGCGCUCAGCCCAAGAACCUCAAGAAGCACAACACCAACUCGUCCAACUCCUCACACCUGGCCAGGAAGCACAGCUUCGGCCGGCUGGAGAGCCCCCCACCGGCCCCACAGCGGGUGGACUCCAUGCACGUGACUACCCCGGCUCAGGCCGUCUCCCUGUCCCGGCAGCAGAGCAUCAACUCCUGCGGCUCCCUGCCCCGCAUGGGGGCCAAACACCUGAAGCCGGACGUGCCCCCCAAGCCGGCCUUGGCGGCCAUGUCUACAAACAUGAAGUCGGGCGACUCGUGUACAUAAAGCCUUCCCACACCGGCGGUGAUACAAUGGCAUACACCUUCGUUUGUGGUCAUUGUACAGCAAAUGCAACACACCUUAAAGUUUCCUUUUAAAUAUACCUAUAUAUAUAUAAAUAUAUAUGAGAUGGUUGUUGAGCUCAGGAUAUUGGAUCUCAGUUCCUGGAAAACGUGGAACGUUUGUUGCGACAGCGUUUCGGCUUCGUACGAGAGCACCGUCCCUCAGAAACGCGUGAGGCGGACCAGCCGGACUGUGUUCAACACGGUGACCCGGUGGAAAUGAGUUUUUCAUGACGUGUUGACUGCCAAAAGCUCUCAGCUUUGACGGACCUGGAGCCGUGCGCCGAGCGGCGAGGACAGAGCCACACGCUCGAGCGCGGGUUUAGGACAGGGCCGGGAGUUGACUUUGUGCGGGAAAACUGUGAAAACGUCUCUCAGUGUUACGGCGAGCAGCCACAGAAUCACCAUCUACUUCGGUUACGCCGCAAGGCCUAACCUGCUAGUGUACUGGUUACUCAAUAACACGUAUGACUCUUUGUACUAACUUGUUGUAUUUAUUAUUUAAUAAGUGCUUUUGAGAAAAUAAAAGAAACACGAUUUUUUUAGGCUCAGAAGAGAAAAAAAACCUUUUAAUAUUAAUUAAUCGAGUGUGAAAUUAUUUAAAGUCAUUAAACUGGAGCCAGUUUUUUGUCAAACAGGCCCACUGACUGUGCCAGGCCCAGACUCCCGACACACGCGUGACCUCUGGAAGGAGGGGAUAUUUACGAACCUGUGCCAGGUGGCUCUGCAGCAGAGCUGGGACCCACGAGGGUGCGGCCAAGUCUCCCAAACGGCCGAACGACGCAGGAACACCCCCCCCCCCCCACCUACCCUCACCCACACAAACACAUGCCCGCCUUGGUCACGCUCCCAUUUUAACACUGUGGCUCAUUCCUGUGCAGGUUCAGUUUUGCAUGUAUCAACGCAGAAACAGCAGCUAACAUCCACUUAAAAAAAUACCACAGAAAUUUACUGUGUGCAAGUCAGCACUCUGCCCCGGGGGGGGGGGGGCACGUAUGCUGUGUCCCCCCCCCCUGCCCUGUCACACGGCUCCAUCUGUAAAACAGUGUCUUUCCUUCCACCUGUAAAUUUGUGCCUUACACUUGAGUAGUGAGGAUUUCUCUAGCUGUUAAAUAUGUCUCCUCAUAGUCUUUGACGAUAUUUCCCUCGUCCGAUUAAAGCAAAAGUAAAGAAUGUCGAUGUUAUCGUAACUCCAAUCCCUAGGAAAAUUCGGGAGUGGGUGGGGCAUUCCUCUCCCUCCCCCAUCAUUACUUGUGAUUCCUCUUUUUUUUGUUUUGUUUUUUGAUUGUGCCAAUGAUGUGCUUGAGGCGGCCAUUUUGUUGUGCUGGAAAGUGUCGACAAUGUUGUGGGUGUUUGUUUUUUUUUCAUUCAUCAUUUCCUAUUUUUUUUUUUGCUAUUUGAUAGAGUGAUUAAUGUACAUUCUUGCUAUUGCCUCCUUGUGUCUGGUUGCUGCACUGCAGUAAGGAAACAUAACAGUUAUUCAGUACUGGGAAGAGAUGCCGGUCUCCAGUGUUAACGAUAAAAAGUUCAUUCCCAGACAGCAGUAGCAGGCUGGUUCCUGCAUAGUGAAGACCCCCCCUAUAAAACUAAACCCUUUUUAAAAAAAUAAGUUUACAUAUUUUAAUGUUGAAUUAGUUUCUUUUAAUAAAUUAACUCAAUGUCAGUGUCUUUUAAAGAGUUUUAUCAGCUGAUCGGGUUUAUUUGGGUUUUUUGAAAUGUACCAGCCAGACAUUUCGACUGAGUGAGAGGGUCAGGCUAACCCUGUAGCGUUAUGUACAAAGCUAAGCUUCUUAACCUUCAGAAGGUUGCCAUGACGGCAUGUAUCGAGCCGGAGUGGAAAGGGGCAGCGUUCUGAACCUCUGUACCAUGAAGUAAAGGAGAAGAGCUCCCAUGAGUACCACUGAAUGAGAUGCAGGGAUGUGUAGGACAAUUUCAGAGGGAGAGGACGACGAUUGUGUCUCAGCGCUGGGCCACUGUGAAUAACAGUUUGUAGCGUGAUAUUUGUAGUACUAAUAGAGUACAUUUUAUUUAUUGAGAGACGUAUAUAUUCACCCAAUCUCUUCUUUCUACGACCCUUUUCAGCUUGAUAGAGCACCCGUGUUUUACCGUGACAUGCAGGGCAAUGACUGCUUAUCGCCCCAAAUGCAAAGGUCGGGAAAUAUGAGGACGGAAUUCAGCUGUACAUAGAUAUUAAUGGGGUAUGACUGUAAGGACAGGUGUAGUUGGUCAGGGGGUGCUAGUCCCCACGCUCUUUGGAGGGUGCAGAUGGCCCCCCCUGGCCAUUUCUGGGGGUGCGUGGCUCUUUGCUGUGCCUUUGUCUUUUCCUCUUGCUGCACCCUGCUUGGUGUAACGACGACCCCCCUCCCCAGCAGCCUAUGAUUUGUACGCUUGUAAAAUAUUGUGACGUCUCAAGGUUUUUUGCUGUUCUCUCCACUUCCUUAACAUCUGAUUCACAGCUAAAUGUAUGUUGUAAAGAAAUUCUCUUUAAUAAAUCCACACGGUGAUAAAAAAAAAAAAAAACAUCCAAC